UCUCGUUUAUCGGAAAGCAUAAGGAUAGUUGAUCAUGCCUGAUCCAGCCAAGUCCGCUCCAGCCGCGAAGAAAGGCUCCAAGAAAGCGGUGACCAAGACCCAGAAGAAAGAUGGGAAGAAGCGCAGGAAGACAAGGAAGGAGAGUUACGCCAUUUACGUGUACAAGGUGCUGAAGCAGGUGCACCCCGAUACCGGCAUCUCCUCCAAGGCCAUGAGCAUCAUGAACUCCUUUGUCAACGAUGUGUUUGAGCGCAUCGCAGGGGAAGCCUCCCGCCUGGCUCAUUACAACAAACGCUCCACCAUCACCUCCCGGGAGAUCCAGACCGCGGUCCGCCUGCUGCUGCCUGGGGAGCUGGCCAAGCACGCCGUGUCCGAGGGCACCAAGGCUGUCACCAAGUACACCAGCGCCAAGUAACUGCUGCCCCAUCUCCUGCCCUACUCCCAGCAACACAAAGGCUCUUCUAAGGGCCACCCACCCCCUC